AUGGUUGCCAUUGACAAAAUUGGUUAUAAUUAUCCAUCAGUUCAUUUAAAUGAUUUGAUCAAUCAAACAUUAGCUCAAAAAGUUCAUCAUGAACAAAAUGUUUCACAUGAAGCACCAAAAAAUGAUGUAUCAAGCAAAAUUUCACCACAACAAUUUGGACUUGAUCAUAAUCCAUCUUUACAAUUUGCAACAAAAGGUGGCGGAUUUGUUCAAGUAUUUGGUCCAUUAAAAACACCCGGCAAUGAUAAAUUUUUUCAAGAUCCAAAUCCAGUAGUUAUUCGACAAAAAUCAAAACCGGUUACAUAUGUUCAAAAAGUUUCACUGGCUUAUUAUAAACCACCAGCACCACCAGCACCAGGUCCAGUCAUAAUUAAAGAAGUACGUCCACCUCAACAACCAGCCCCACCACCGCUUUUCGUACGAAUUCAACCACCACCACCACCACAACAACCACCUCUUGUCAUCAGGGAAAACCCACCUCCUCGUCCAAAACAUGUGCCAGCAACAGUUGUGACGAAGAUGUUACCAAAUAUGCCUCCACCACCACCAAGAGUCAUUGUACGUAAUGCACCCAACAAAGAAGUGGCUGCAAAAAUCGCAUCCGCUUACACUAAUGGUUUAAACUCAAACUAA